UAUAGACAUUUUAAAGCUGACAGACGUUUUUUUAUUUCAGAUUAUGGACCAUUUUUUGUACUAUGGCAUGCAAUAAGAUCAUUUUAGUUAUUUACAGAAAUAAUUAAGGACAUAUAAUUAACAGAGAGAAUUAAUUUAGUAUAGGCAUUUAGUACUUUUAUUGCAUUCAAAAUCAAGAUGGAAAAAAUAAUAUCAAAGUAUGAUUAUGCAAAUGGUAAUGAUGAUACUGAAUCUGCUCUUCAAGAUGAACUUAAUGACCUUGACACAGAUGAAAUAGAAGAAAAGAUAAAGAUAUCUGACAUUAAAAAUAUUAUAAAUAUCUACAUCAAGAAGAUUUGUUUGGAGGAAUAUGUUAAGAAAGUACCCAGAGAUGCACCUGGUUGUUAUAUGGCCACCGCGACUUGCCGACAACUCUGUGACCUUAUAGACAAUGGUGUAGAGAAUGAGAAAUUAUCAAAAACAGAUUGUCAGGACUGUUUGUUUGAUCUUUAUUUGGCCAUUAUACGUGCUGGACCAGGAACAGCUCAUUAUGAAGUUCUGGAAAAGAUAGGAGACUGCAUUGAAAUGGACAAUUAUUUGAAGAAUUUAAAAGGAGAAAAACUUCAACAAAUGGCUUCAGCUGUAAUGGAACACAAAUACAUCAAAGAAAAUAUGGAGAUGGAGGAUUAUGCAAGUUUGAUGAAUUCUUACAUGUCCCGUAUUCCUCAAACAUUUGCUGAUGAUAGAGAAGAUAUUAGAGACCCAGCAAUAUGGACGGUUUUCCUGGAUUUAUAUCUUUACUACCUCCUUCACACAAAAGAUGUUCCAGAUGAGUUACAUGAAGCACUGGGUUACUGUGGUAAUACUUUCUGGUAUCUGUAUGACAGAAACCCAUAUAAGGGAUUUCCAAACACAAAGGUUACUGGACAGCAUAUGCAAAAAAUAGCAGCAUUUAUCCUUUCACCAGAGUUUCCCAGGGGCAAUCAACUUGAAAGGGCUACUGAUUAUGUAGAAUAUUUGGCACAAAUAGAAGGAGACACAUUAGCAGAAUUGUGGCCAGACAUGAUGGCUUUAUUCAAAGCUCUCAGCUUGUGUAAGAAGGCCAAUGAAAUGUCCAAGAUGAUAAGAGGAUUCAGAUACCUGUUUGAUAAGUUGGAUGAUAAAGCUAUGCAGAAGAAUCCUAGAAUCUUUCAGUCAUGGGCAGAAACUGUAACUGAGGUGGUAGAGAAGAUUGAACAUUUCAGAUUGCUUGAUGACGUAGUUCCAAGAAUGAUUUCUGAUAUGGAUUCUAAAUAUAAACCAGCCAAAGGAGAUGAGAAGUAUUGGUUUCCUCUAAUUAAAGCUAUGUGGUUAGUGCCUACCAAGGAGUUUCUUUAUAGAGUUAGGCAAAUAUUGGAUGAUACCAAGUUCAGGAGGAUGUGGAACUGGAAGGAAAAUAUCCAGGAGGCUAAAGACAUGAUAGCUAAUGCAGAGAAAGUAGACCUUCCGCUAGAAGGAGAUGACAGGGAUGAAAGAGAUGCUAAUUCUGAAUGUGGGAAUGCUGUCAAAGAACUCAUAGAAAUGUUCAAGAUACUGAAAAUAGAGCACCUUAUUAUGCCUGACAUUGCACGAAUGUCUUUGUCACGCAUGGAAAAGAGGUCAAUUCUCCAGAAUUAUAUGGUCGAUCAAUACUUUGGAGAUAUGGAUUUUCAGAAAUGUACAGAUGUUCUUCCAGAGUUAGCAAGGCGUUUUGAACCUUUAAUAACAGAUGAAGACUAUCCAUGGCUAGAUAAUUGGGUUCGCAGUAAUGGGGUUGACUUAUUUAACUACUUUAUAGAAUCUUACAAAUCCUCAGAAGAUAUACCAGAUGAAGUAAACCAGAUAAUGAUCAGAAUUCUUAGUUUUUGUAUGGAGGAUGGGAGAGAACUGAUCAAUUUAGAAGAUGGUUCAGAUACUGUUUGGGGAAUGAUAAUUCGCAAUAGUCCUUCAUUUGUGAGCAAGCAUUGUAAUGGUGAUACUGGUAAAGUUGUUAUACCUGUUUUAGAGAAAUUGCUCAAAUAUCGACAUUCAGAUGAAGAAUUCUUGCGAGAAGCCUGCACAAAUUCAAUGCAAAUAGCUGGUCACACAUGUCCUGAAAUAUGUGCUGAUUUUUUUGGACCAUUGUUGGAUUGGUAUAUUGAAGAACCAUCAAUGAAUUUGAUGAGUUUUUUUUAUAGAGUAGUUGAACUUAGUCCUAAUGCCUUGAAAAGCAGAAUGGAUAAAUUCCUUGAUACCUGUAAAGAUGACAAAGAGACAUGGACUCUUCAGAUCCAAGUAUUUUAUGCUCUUUCAAAUAAAUAUCCAGAGAUGAUAACUCAAAAAGUGGCAGACACGUUGAUGAACUAUCAUUACAGUGAUAGCGAUAACAGAAUACAAGUUUUGAUGAUUAUGGAGAAAGCCACUAAAGUCAACCCAAUCAUUUUUGAAAAAUAUAUGGACAAGUUGAUUGGAGACAAAUCAGUUACUGCAAUGGAGCAGCAUUUUGUGAAUAAUACACUAGUAAAUGUGACCAAGGAAAUUAAGAAAUUCAAAGAUCCUGUUUUCAACUAUCUUAUGAGUGUGUUGAAGGUAGCUACAGAUGUUACUCAAGUUUCAGUAACAUUGAUAGGACUACGUGAUCUGUGUGUGAUUUAUGGACCAGAAAUGUUUGGUCCACAUAUGGACUAUCUUACACAAAAAAAACAGAAUGAACAAAGUACAACUAUUCAACAACAGAUAGUUGCAUUGAUUGAUCAAAUAGAAGGAAGAAGUUUGGAAACAGUAGCCCAAGAUGUGAAAGAAACUCAGGAGGAUGUGGAACAAUUAGACGAAAGAGUGACAGGUGCAGAAGUGGCUGUAGUAGGACUGACCACUCGUGUGGAUGAACAAGAGGAAAACAUUGAGGAAUUAGGGGAGGGACUUGAUACUGUGACUCAGAGGGUAGACUUUGCUGAGAAAGACAUUGAGGAGACUAAAAUUAAAGUGGAAGAAGUUGACAUGAAGACAAUGACUAAUGCACCUCGAUGGUCAAGAGAUUUGACAAAGAUAAUGAAUCCACAAACAGAACAUGAUUGGAGAUUAUUGGCCCAACGUCUUGGUUACAGUAAGGAUGACAUCAGAGCGUGGGCAUCACAACAUGAUCCUUGUAUGGCUGUUCUCAGUGAAUGGUAUGCUACACACAAAACAAGGGAGGCAAACUAUGCUGUCUUAACAGCUUUACAGGAAAUGAACCGAAUGGAUGGUGCUGCUAUUGUGGAAAAUGCUAUGAAGGCUGUUGCUGAUGUUGUAGAAGAUGAUGAAGUAGAUUACGCCUCCCCUCCUGCUGUGUUCCUUAGUUACCAGUGGGGUCAUCAAGAUGAGGUCAAACUUAUCCGUAACCACCUACAAAUGGCAGGAUAUGAAUGUUGGAUGGACAUAGGUCAGAUGGGAGGAGGAGAUAAAUUAUUUGAGAAAAUUGACAAUGGUAUCAGAGGAGCAAAAGUCAUCAUUUGUUGUGUGUCAGAAAAAUAUGCACAGUCUCCAAAUUGUAAUAGAGAGGUAAAUUUGUCGGUAAGCUUAGGUAAGCCAAUGAUACCUCUGCUAAUGGAGAAAAUGGGUUGGCCACCAAAAGGAUCCAUGGGACCUAUCUUCAGCGAGUAUCUUUUUGUUAGGUUUUUCCAGCGAGCUGGAGAAGAGACUGAUGAUAACCGAAUUUGGCCUGUUGCCAAGUUCCAGGAAAUGCUGAUGCAGCUGAAUUGUUAUGGUAUUCUGCCAGAUGAAACAUUGAUUGAUGAUAUGUACAAAAAGUGGUGGAUACCAGUACAGGAAGUUAUAGUGAUAGAUAAAAAUAAGAAAAAACAAAGUCAGAGCCAAGCCAAGCAGAAAGAAAUCAAAGAUGAGGACAAGAAGUCACCAGAUAUCUUUAUAUCUUACCAAUGGGGUAAACAGAAACAGAUUAUGGCCUUUUACCAAAGAUUGACGGGGAUGGGUCUGAGUUGUUGGAUGGACAUCUACCAAAUGGGAGGUGGAGACUCAUUGUAUGAGAAAAUAGAUUCUGGUGUACGAGGGUGUAAGGUAGUACUUACCUGUAUCACACAAAAGUAUUCGCUAUCAGCAAACUGUCGUAGGGAAGUCAGUCUGGCCGAUGCUUUGAAGAAACCAAUUAUACCAUUGCUUUUAGAGAAAAUGGAUUGGCCACCAUCUGGACCAAUGAGUAUGGUGUUUACCCAGUUGCUGUUUAUUAACUUUUAUCGUGACGAAGAAGUACAAAUGACAUGGACUGGACCAAAAUUGGAUGAAUUAAUGGAGAAAAUAGGAGAACAUAUGCCAAUGAUUACGCAAAGCGAGCAUACAAAUGAAGAAAAACAAAGCACUAAGAAAGAAGAUAAUGAUAAAAAAUCUGGAAAUUCAGAACCAGAGUCGAAACCAGCAAAUCAGAGUAUGUCUCCAAGACCUGUCAGCUCCAGAAAUACCAGAGGUGCAGGUGGUCCACAACCAACAGAAAACAAGCCAUCUCCAGUAAGACAACCUAAGCCUGUGGCCGCCACCAACACAAUUGCUGAAUCUCCAACAGAUCCAGCACAGCAAAGAAAACAAGAACAGACGUCUGCUCCAAAACAGGAAAAAGAACAAAAGAAGUCCAAAUCUUGUACAGUUUUGUAGAUAUUUAGGUGCAGCUUUAAAUGAUACAGCUUGAACAUCACAUUGCAAGACUGGUACUUCAAUUUUGUUGUACAAAUCUAAUAUUGUAAAAUUUUAGUACUAAUAUAGUACGAUAGUUAAUACGUACUACACCAGUACUAUAUUAUUUAGAUACAUUUUCAGUACUAUUGUACUAACUAAAAUAGUGCACAUGCAAAAGUAGCUGUGAAAGCAAAGGAACAGUUCUGUUAUUGCUGUUCUUCAUAUAUAAAGUUUAUUUCUGUUUAUUAAUAAAGGAGACAUUCACAAUUUUUUUAGAAAUACUUAAUCCGUCAGGUUUUGUCAUUUUUCCAACAUGAUUACAUUUUAAAAGCUUUGUUGCAUUUAUAUAAUAGAUAGAUUAAUUACUAUUGAACUGUAUUUUGAUAAACAAACAAACCGGUGAUGUGCCAUAUUCUAUUGUUCUGACUUUUUGUGAUUGUGUGUGUUAUAUGAUAUGUUUAAAUUCUUUGAUAUAGGGAAGAAAUAUAUCAGUUUAUCGCACCUCAGGUAAAUUAGUGACAGUGUGAUUGGUUUAUCGCUGUCACAUGGUGACCGCCUAUGGAUCCGUAUUGGAUCAGUAAAUUUCAUAUGGGGUUCAUGAUGUCACAUCUACUUAUAAAGGUGACGUCAUCUUUUAAUUUAUUGUAUUUCAUUGUUUAUUUUGAUACAAAACUUAGAAGGAAAAGUCCUGUGUGCGAUAAAUUUGUCAUACAGUUACUACUGACCCCCUAUGGAUCUAUUGAGGGUUAGUAGCAAACCAUAUAACUUAUAUCAACAGGGCAUUCCUUUCAUUUUCAGUUGUCAAGAUGAUUUUUUUUUGAAAAGAGGAAGGAAAGUUAGAAAUUGCAUGUGGUUUUUUAUUAUUAUUAUUAUAAUAGUCAAUAAAGAAGACUGGGAUUUUCAGCAAGUAGGUCAUUUUUUUCCCAAUGCCCAACUGUUAUGGAACGCCCUGGUUUAAUAUUUUGUUGGAUAGAUUACUGAAUGAUAUCUUUGCUAUACACAUUUUCAUUGUUAACUCUAAUGUUUUAGUUUAAUAGGAAAAAUUGUUUAUUUAUUAUACUUGUGUCUACUAUUUUACUUUAAGUAAAUUAAAUAUAUUUAAAUUAAAUUUAACUAGAUUAUUAAUGUGGAUUAUUUAAAAUUAGACUUAUAUAUUUAAUAGAUAUCUCCGGCCUUUUUCUAUGACUUUUCUAGAUUUGUCAACGAUACUUUUAUUGUCCAAAAGUUAAUUAGACGUAAUUAAAUAAAAUACAUGUAUAUCCAUAUUUUCUAUUAGCUAAUAAUAUGCACUUCUUUUCACUAUUGAUCACCCUUAUUCUUUGUGUUUUUGAGUAAAAUAUGACAGACCAGUUGAAAGUAUUUAGAAACUGGUUUAUGUAAGGGAUUAUAUAUGUCUUGUGGCUACAACCUCAUUUUAACGCUUUAGUUUUCAGAAUGUUUUUUUUUUUUAGUUUUGGUCUGUUCCUCAAUAACUAUAAAUGCCUGACAGGUCAACAGUUUUUGUUAUAUAUAAUAGAAAUGAAAGGAUAUGGACUUAUUGUGACACAGAUAUGUCACAGACAUAUGACUUUAACCUCAUUUCCAUGCUUCAUUGGUUGGGUGAAUUUUUCAGGGUUAAAUCAAUUCCUCAUUUACUGUUUUGAAAGGUAUAUAAUAUUUGUUAUGGUUUUUCUUUGAAUUGCACUCUUUAAAGGUCUAAAUGUCAAGUUGUCUUGAUCUAUUUUCGUUCUCCAAUGGUUGGAAUAAAAUUUAUUUAUCUCCGAAAGUAUACAAUAUUGGUCAGCAAUAUUUUUUUUCGAUUAUGUCUGUAUCUGAGAAAGUAUAUAAUAGAGGUCAGGAAUAUUUGUUUUAUUUGAUCUGAACCUCAGUUUCAGAGUUUUUCAACCUUCAAAAUAAUUCAAAUAUUACUGAAGGUGAGAAAUGAAGGUUUGUCAACUCUUGUUUAUUUUUAUAUGAGUUAUUUGUGAUACCUUGUAUGUUUCAAGAACCACCCAAGUGUCAGUGACAUGAUUGGGGUCAAUCCGUCCAAAUAGGCAUUUUGAUUGCAAAUAAGGGUAAGUAAUUACUUGCUGAGACUAAUGGUAUAUCUUUACUCAAAGCAGCAUGUCUUUUGGAGUUUUAUUUUAAAUUUAAUAUACAUAUAAGUUUCAGGAAUUUUUGGAGGGGAUUUAAGGGGGGUUGUAAUUUAUUUUAUUAUUUAUAAGAUGAAUAUUUAUUUGCAUCAGGUUUAUAUUUAUAACUAUUAUGUGAUUUAUUUUUACUUCUCAGAACAUUGUUUAUAGAUUGUCUGUGAUAUUUUUCUAGAAUAAAGCAUUAUCUGUUA